GUUUUUAUGUUUAUAUGAGUGUUUUCUCACGAGACCAGGCUGACAGCCACCACCUACCUACUUUUUCACCACCCCUGAUAAUACAUUGUGCAUAUAUGAAGGUGGCGCUGGUGACCGGUGAUCUCACCCCCGCUUUAUCCUUUCCCUCGCUCGUCAUUUCUCAUUUUUUUGUGGCUGGAAUGAAAAUCGCUGCUGUUCAAUAUUACGUUAAUCACGAAGACAGGUUUUCCAACUGGGAUCGCAUCACUGCAUUUGUUGAAGAGGCAGCCAAAGAGGGCGUGGACUUGUUAGUAUUCCCUGAAUAUUCAAUUGGCGGCCCAGUUCCUAUGUUGGCUUUGGACAAGAGCGCGUGCGAACGAUACUGCCAACUUGCCCUUACACAUAACCUUGAUAUUGUCGCAGGCACCAUCGUUGAGCGUGAUCCAGACGAUGGACAAAUCUAUAAUUGCUGCUAUUAUAUCAGUAACGAUGGUACUGUGUUAAUGGAAUAUCGCAAGGUUCAUCUAUGGCAUCCUGAGCGAGACCAUGUGCGUCGAGGAAACCGUGGAUUCGGUACUGUAAAGAAUCGGUUUGGUAUCACUGUCGGUUUGGCAAUCUGUUGGGAUAUUGCUUUCCCUGAAAUUUUCCGGCACAUGGCCAUGGAAAAUAAUGCUCAGCUUAUUAUUGCACCAGCGUACUGGGUGUUAGAAGACGCUGGACCGAAAAGCUUGAAAUAUGACCCGCUCAGUGAGGUCAAGUUUCUUGAUUCUGUAUGUACGGCUCGGGCCUUUGAAAACGAAAUUUGCAUGGUAUUUUGUAAUGCAGCGGAUGCCGCGGAGGGUCAGAAAAAACCGCCAUCGGGUGCCCUGGCAGGUUGUACACAGAUUACAGUUCCUUUCAAAGGCUGUGUGGCCCAUUGCAAAAAUCGCACAGAGGAGAUGAUCAUUGCUGAUAUUGAUGUGCACGAGCUGACAGCCGAUGCAGAAGCUAAUUAUAAAAUCCGAAAGGAUUGGGCCGAGGGCUACAUAUUUGGUGGCAAAUCCAAGGAUGAGGUUGAGACAAUCAUUCCCUAAAGUUGCAUGUGAAUAGAUGCAUAAUAAUUAUAUUUGAAUACGAAGAGGAUAUGUACCUAUUUCUGUUAAUAAAUGAUGGUAAUCAAUAUAAAGCAA